GCCACUGACUUAGUUCGAAUGGCUUCAAAAAAUAAAAGAACUGGUAACACAUACACUCAGCUUAGUGCCCUAAAAUGUGGCACAGUCGUCGAUGUUUAUGGCGUGGUCUGUUUUGUUAAGCCAACAUACAAGACAAGGGGCAGUGACUACUGCACAAUGAUCAGUAUAGUUGAUCAAUCAUUGAAAGGUGUGGAUGAGAAGCUGAAAUGUUUGCUGUUUGGCAGCGAGGAGAAGUUGCCCAGUCCCGAUGUAGGAGAUAUCAUCCGUUUCCACAGGCUCAUGAUUAACAUGUUUAGGGACAACCUGCAGGGUCAGAAUCGCCCAGGCUUCUCGUGGCUUGUGUUUUCAGGGGAUCCUAGCCUGCCGUUGGAACCCAAGUCAGCAUCAUCCAAUAGCUACACGUUCAAUGAGAAAGAUAAGGAUAAGGUGACCGAGCUGCGUAUGUGGGCACACAAGAAACAGGAGCUCCAGCAGAGCCUCUGUCAGAUCUGUGACGUGGCUGCAGGAUGCUACUUCGACCUCUUCUGUCAAGUUGUUCGUACUGCAGUGCUGGAGGCUGAUGUGGCCAGACUGUUGACUGUCUGGGAUGGUACACAGUCCAUUUACACUGUUCGUGAGAUGUCAGCUGACCACCAACUACAAGACUUGAAGACUGAUGACCAUCUGAGGAAACAGGCCCGGGGAUUCAUGUAUGAUGUCACUGUGUUUGAUGACCAUUAUCACAGCUCGGCAAAUAUCAAGGCAGGAGACUUUGUGAAGUUUGUUAACCUGCAUGCACCAGAAUACCAGCCCCCGAAUCAGCCUUACAGUCCUACAGUAGAGUUAGUCCUACACAGGGGUAACUCUUACAGCAGGUGUGUCAGAGUCGUCCCCCCUGACUUUCCUUUACUGGAAGACAUGAAAAAAAUGUUUGAUGUAAUCGCAAUUGAUAAUGAUAAUAGUGAAGAGGAUGAUGUUGGUGAAACUGAAAAUACUGCGGAACAAUGUGAACCUGAAAAUGUUGGUGGACAUUCUAUUAAUAAUUCCAAAUUUCUAUUACAGCAAAGUAAUGAGAAACUUGAUGUUUCAAAAGCUCCAUAUACAAAAACAUUAAAUGGGGAAAAAAAUGAGGAAGAUGCUGUUGAUAGAAAACUUAGAAGUUCCGACAAAGGGAAGAGGCCAAUGAAUCCAAAGCUGACAAAUGGGCCUAAAACCUGUUGUCCAAACAAGAGAGAUGCUGUGGUUAUAUUACCUAAAUCCAGUGCAAAUUCUUCCAGCGUUGAAGAGGUUAAUAAUGAAAAUUUCACAAAAGAGAUAAAUUCUAACAGUACUAUUUCUAAGAAUAACUUCAAAAAACCAACAGCUUCAACAAAAGUACAGUUUAAUGUUGAUAGUCCUUCUACAGAGAAAGAUGAUCAGUUAAAGGACACAAGGUCAUUCAGAUUUAAAAGACAGCCUCUAGGGAAGAGUAAAGACCACAAUGAUAAUGAACCGGACAAUAAAAAGAGAAAAAUUGACACAUGCAGUGAAACUAGAAUAGCAGCGUCACAGAAAAAUACCCAAGAUGAGAGUCAUGUAUUUAGUACAGCAAAUGAAACAGAAGAAUCUUUAAUAUUAUCAUGUGAAAUGUCUCAAGCAUACAGCACUCAGGCUGAAGACCUCUCUCAGGUGUCACAACUGGUGAAUGUAGGAACAGAAUCUCAGAGUCAGUGCUUAAGUGAGUUGGAAUCUCAGUCCUCAGAUAGAGUACCGCCUUCAAGAGAAAUGAGUGGAAGAUCUAUAAAGGACAGUGGAGUGGUUGGGAAAGGCAGUCAAAGAUUGGGGGAUAUGGACAUGACAGAUUCUUCUGGCUUUAGGAGAUGUAUCCUGCAGACCAACACGGUGAUCUUAGGUCACCCAAACAUAGCUAGGAGCACCCUUCGAGUGGUGCUGGACCACAGUGUACCAUACAAGUUCUGUGUGAGAGCCCAGGUUUUAGACUACCACCCAAAGCCUGAUACAGUGACAGACUUUGUCCACCUGUAUUGCUCACAGUGCCAUUAUCUAAGUCCACAUCCUGAUAAAGACAAAGGGAAAGGAAAAGGGGAUAACAGUGAGCUAUCAGUUGGGAGCACAUUCCAGGGUGUGCCUCACUACUCCUGUCCAAAGUGUCUGGAAAACAGAGCAUCACUCUCAGGUCUGGAGUCACCACCCCACCUGACCUACAUCUAUGCCAUGAGGCUCAUAUUGCGAGAUGACACAGGCAUGGUUAUGGUCAACAUCUGGAAGGAUGACGCUGUCCAGUUCUUUCAUGAUGUCACACCAAUCCAGCUACUUGGUAAGACUGUGAGUUUUGACCUCAUCAAGGACUCCCUGGCCCAGAUUUGCCCUCAAGAAGUAGAACCAAUCAACCGACCUUGGAUAGAAUGCUGUCUGCGUUCACAUAGCAACCAACAUGGAACAUUCUUCCAGAUAUUUGACACAACAAUUGUGUAGAAAACGUGUUCGAUAAUUGAACAUUUUGAGAUUUUUAGAAAAAGUGAAACUCAGGUGUAGUUAUGGACAGUAUUUAUAAUAAUAUAAUAUACAUGAAGCAAUUUUUUAACAAACACUUAAGUUUUUUGUUUUGGUCGUGUUCUGUUGAAGGUAUUUGUGCAAUGAACAUGUUCUAAUAGGGUUUUAAUCAGGCUUGAAAACUUUUUUUGCUUGUUUGAAUUGAAGCAGGUUCUUAUACAUAGUAAUGGGAAGGCCUGUUCUUUGUUCGUAGUUCUCCAUGCAUGUGUUAUUUCAACGUUUUUCAGUUCUAAUGUUAAGCUAGAAAAUAAAAGAUCCAAAAUAUA